AUGGAGCUCAGAAGAAUGGCAGUCUGCCAGGACUGUCUCUCAGUCCUGCGACAGCCGAAGAAUGCUUCGAAGCUCCAGCAGCUCGCGCCAAUCGCACAGACUGCCAGGAGAACCUUGGCGACAUUCCCUACGACACCUCGGAGUACAGCACACACAUCGCAGACCGCCCGCAUACAGCAGAUCAGACGCCUGGCCACCGGAGCUCAUCGACCAGCUGCCACCCAGUCACUCGAUCUCAAUGCCGCACACAGUCGCAUACAGCAGCUGGCAUCAUCCGUGUUGAAGCCUGAGGGUGGCAAGCUGCCGUCGGAACAGAGAGUGCUAUAUGUCCUGGAACAGCUUGAGGCUCUGGCAAAAGUCGUACUGGAUGAGAAAGGGCCUGAAGGUGUGCUGAAGCCGAAAAUUUCAGCAAAGGCCCAGCAAGAGACAGCGACAUCAGCACUUCUAGGGAGUGUCAAUGCCCGGCAGCAUCCCACAUACAUAUCAAAAGUAAGCAUUCUCGACUUGAUCAGCGAGAAGGCGCAGGAGAUCGUACGACAUCCUGAUGUGUUCAUCGCUCCGGCGAUAUUGAAGGCCUAUGUGGAAUUGCAAAGCCUCUUGGAGCAGCCUUCGAGCUUUCCGGACCUUUUCGAUCUCUAUGCCCGUAAGCCCGUACCGACGUCCAAGAGUGCCAAUGAAGUCGAGUACACAGCUGCUUCGCCCGAUAAGGUAAAUGCCGCCAUCGACUCCAAGACUGCCAACGUCGCUCUGGAUGCGGCAAUAAAGUCGCACAACUUGCCAUUGGCGAUAGAUGUCAUUACCACUUCAUUCAGUACAGCUGCGUUCAAGAAAGCCAAAACUCUUCGUCAAGCGGCAAUCCCCAUGGCAGGUCUCGGUCUGGCUCCUGCGGCAGCCUAUACACUCUCCUCGUCAUUCUCAUCACUACAGCAAACAAUGGACCCGAGCACAGCCACUGGUAUUGCAUUCGCCGGCAUCAUGACUUAUGUGGGUGCAGUCAGCAUGGUCGGCUACGUGGCGGUAACCACCGCAAAUGAUCAGAUGGACCGAGUGACAUGGGCAAGUGGCGUGCCAUUGUGGGAGAGAUGGAUCAGAGAGGAGGAGCGGGCAGCCAUUGACAAAGUGGCUGGCGCAUGGGGUUUCAGAGAAGUCGAGAAGAGGGGUGAAGAGGAAGGCGAAGACUGGGAGAGUCUGAGAGAGUGGGUCGGUGUGAGGGGCAUGGUAUUGGACAAGGUCAGCUUGAUGGAAGGCAUGGAGUAA